CUGUUCGCUGUCAUUCGCUCAUGUGAUAUGGACUUCGCGUGAUGUGUGGCGGCUGGUACUUUGAGAUGACGAUGGAUCACCGGAAAUGUUAAUUAAUAUAUAUAUAUAUAUAUAUACAUAAGUUUACGACGGGAGUCUGACGGCACAGAGAAGGAAUGAAGACUAAUUUAAAAGUUCCCCUGUGGAUCUUUCGACACGCAUCCCAAAUCUCAGCUAAACGGCGUCUUCGCCGAAAUACUGUCCGCCCAACUGCAGCCGGGAUUUGAACCUGCCAACAGAGAAUCCGGAGGCCGGUACUUUGCCUCGAAGGCGGCUUUCGUCGGUCAGUUACUGACCAUCUGCAGCUGCCAGCCAAAAAUGCAGCACGACAGACCGCAAUCGAGAGCGAAAUGUACAGCGUGACACAUUUAACACGAACAAAGGAUCGCCUGCUUUUCUCUCACAACUGCAACGCUGUCAACAGUCAAAGCUACCACUAUUAGGGUGGAAUGUGCUCGAGGUGGUCAAACUUGCUCGGCAGAGUGCCCUGUCUGCGUAACAUGCGAAAAAGCGCCGUUGCCGUGUUCGCGCUAACAGCGUCGCUCAAUGUACGUGCUCCUUGUGCGCAGAAGGUCCCUUCGCGCGUUUCCCUUUAUUCUCCCCCAAAGACGUCGGAAGCCCGGCGGCAGCCACGUGGCCAGCCCGGACGCUCGGUGGCCAGAAGACGUACCCGCGGGCGUUGCCCCGUCGCGGGUUCCCCCGGCGGCGGGCAGGUGAUCGCCGGGAAGGAGGGCGAAAGGGGCCGACCUGCGGUGGCCGUCGGAAGCGACGUUCACGCGAAGCGAUUGCGCCGGAGGCCAGGGCAUGCGGGCAAUCUCGCCCUCCCGGGUCAGAACCCCCCGCAGGUGCGCCCUUCCCCCGAGGGCGGACGAUCCAGCGGCUCGCGGGACGGGAAGGCCGACGCAGCCGCCCAAUCGGCCUGGAAGCGGCCGCACGGGCGCACACGAAGCGUCCGCCGUCGCAAAUGGCAACUGGAAACAGCCGAACGGAAAGGGAGCGGCGGACCGACCGUUCCGAGAACGACCCACCGCCUGACGGGAAGGGGCCCGGCCGAGAGGCACGCCGUCGGCGCGCCAGUCGCUCGCGCGCGUCCAGGGAGAGUGCUCGUCCAGGGGACCGUUUCCACGGGCGCCAGAAAACGGGGCACGCGCCUGUUGCUCGGCUGCUGGUCCGGCGAUGACGGCGGCCGCCGCGACCGUUCACCUUGGCUCCAGAAGAACGACCAGUGCAAAAUGAUGCAGCGGGCCCUGUUGCCCCUGUUGGUGGCUGCAGCAUGUGCCUUGGGGCUGACCCUGGCCUGCAACGAAGCCAUCUGUGCAUCCAUAGUGAGCAAGUGCAUGCUCACCCAGUCGUGCAAGUGCGACAAGCUCAAUGUCACCUGCAGCCGAGACUGCUUCUACUGCCUUGACUACCUUUACACCGAGUGCUGCUCCUGUGUAGAGAUGUGCCCAAGGGCCAACGAAACCAUCUCUCUAAGUCACAAGUCCAACAUCGAGGAUCUGCCAGACCCAACCCAUGGGCUGUUCGCGCUCCUCACCGAGGAGGCCGACCGGUCCUUGCGAUGGCGCUCCUACACGUUCCCCGUCCACGUGGCCCUUUACAGUCCUGUGCACGACAAGGACAUUAAGUUCAAAGCUGUGGUGUCAAGUGGAAAUACAUCUGAGUUAAGUGAAGAGGAGGAUGUGCAAGUGAACUGUACUGUGGCAUUCAUGUCACAGUGCAUGUCACUCAACAAGUGCCGGGAGUCCUGCCUCUCCAUGGGGGCUUCGAGCUACCGGUGGUUCCACGAUGGCUGCUGCCAAUGUGUUGGUAGCAUGUGCAUCAACUAUGGGAUCAACGAGAGCAGAUGUCUGCAGUGCCCAUACUCCAAGGAGCUGAUGGACUUGGACGAGGAGCAGGACGAAGAGGUGCCCAUCGAGGACCCCGAGCGGCACGUGUACCACCGUGUCGACUACCCGGACAACUACUACAGUGCCAAGGAGAAGGACGAGGACAAAACCAAUGCGGUGGAUGCUCCAGCUGAAAGUGUCCACUCCACAUGAAGGCAGUGCAAACCACGUGCAUCCUGCUGGUGCAAUACAACCUCGCCCAAGCCCGAUGGCAGGAGAGCCCUCGAGGCAUGCCUGCAAUCCUGUAGUCAGUGUACAUAGACUGCCAAGCACUCGGCCCAGGUCACUUUGGCGACUAGCCAGUCCCCUGCACUUUCAAGCUGCUCACAAAACAGCCUGUUGCAUUUCUGCGAGGACAGUGGCAAUGCACACGUAGUAGCCUAAUAUAUUGAAACCAGAGACUGACUGUGUAGUGAAAGGAGCCCAUCACCCUGGGUCACGCAGAGGACCACCGGACCGAGACUGUCAAACAAGUGCUUUAGUGGAAAAGCGCCGUCUGCAGACAAUUGCGCCAACCACAACCAACCGUGUGUGCAAAGCCACCAACGAUAUUGACGAGCAUGUGCAUUGUUGCAUGUAGUUGAUUAUCAAGUCAUCAGUGCCUUCGAGCUUUUUUGUUUUUUUUGUUUUGCUUUCUGUUGGAGCUGUGUUUUGUUGCCAGGUGCAUGCAAAUUCCGAGUACAAUGUCUUCCAUUGUGUGUACAAGUGUUGUGCUGCAGAGGCCUGUACCCAGACCAAUCUUGUGCUACAUCCCUGCCACCUGCAAGCAGGGCCAACGAAGGCUUUUGUAUGCUCUAUUAUAUUUAUUUAGAAAAGAGACAGUCUGAAUAGAGCGGUGUACAGGGAAAUAACUUGAGCAUCCAGAUGGCCAUAGCUGGGCAACUGCGUUGUUGUGCAAGUUUAGCGGAGCAAUGCAAUUACAACUGCAGUGCCUUCAUCCAUUAUGUGGUGAAACAGAUGUGCCAAGGGCUCAAUUACUCAUGACCCAUCAAUCACUUUCCCAACCAUGCAUCAAAGUAGUCACACUCAGGGGCCAUUAUCCUUUAACCAUUUUUACAACAUAAUUAAAUAAUAAUUAAAUAAUUCACAAACUAUUUUUUUUUUUUUUUCAAAUUUCUCCCAUUGUCUAAAAUGACUUCAUAUGCCUCAAAAUUGUCACAAUUUCCACUGUGAAUUCUAGACAGAACAAGGAACCUGCUGUUUCUAAAAUGUACAAAUGCCUACUCAUGUUUGUGUCCAAAAUGCAUGCCAUCAAUUACAUUAAAUUAAUAUUGUUUCUUUUCUUUAGGACUAGCAAGAAGUUACAUGUUACAAUAUGGUAAUAUUAAAUCCCAAAAAUAGAAGGUUGCAGAUCUAAACUUUUGUGGCAUGGGGCCUGUUCUCAUGGUUGUCAGAUGUCCCCCUUUUUCUAGGCCCGUAACAAAUAUGCUGGUGUAGUGAUUGGCAAUUUUGCCAUCAUUUUGUCUUGCAAAGUUGGAGUGAAACUCUGACAUGACAAAAUUCAUAGUCGUCACAUGUGCAGUUGUUUCCCUAGAGAGCCUGCCCAUAUGAUGGGGAAGCAACCCGGCACGGAGUCACCCCACUGCACAUGUGACGAAACAUUGUGACGAAAACACAAUCGGUACAUCCAGUAAUGACCCUUGGAGUCCAGUUCUAUUGGCUCUAACCAAAUGAGAAUCAAUUGCCCCCCAUUCACACGGCAAUCCCUCUAUGCACUAAAUUUGAGUUGGAGCUCGUCUCAAGAUGGGUGCAGACCAGAUGGCACACCUUCGAAAAAGUUAUUUUACGACGAUGUGAAAAAAUAUGGCUGUGCAUCAGUUUUAAUAGGUUUCUGAAGUAUGCUGUCCUUUCAAGCAGCAAAUAUACCAGACCAGAGCUAAAAUUCUACCCGACUACCCUUUAACUUAGUUACAUUCGGUCUGUCUCAGUAAGAGGCUUUCUGAAGCAAGAAAAUAUUGCUUCCCUUUGCUGCUUGCUUGUGCAAACAUUGUGUGUGGAAGAUUUCUGGGAAGAAACACCGGUGCACUGGGAAAGAUUAGUGUUUAUAGACAUGACCCCAUUAGGUAUACAGGCGGUGGCACUAUCCAUGGCAUAGCAUGUCGGAGGCACCCAGCAUUUCAACCUAUGGCUGGCACUCGGCUGUGCCGGCUCCGAUUUGGUGGCAAAGCAUGCAUGGCCACAGCUAAACAAGGAACAACUUUAGCCAUCAAUACGCUGUCCCUUGAGCAUCACUCAGUACUUGCUGUCAAAUUUUAUAAUACACAAGUACACUAGUCUUAAAAAGGAAAAGCAGCAGUACCAACGGAGACACCUUCAUUACGCAUCUACAUCUUGUACACACCAGUCCAGUAAAUCAUUUUUCCAUGCAGCAUUUUCUGUCAUGCAGAGCUGCUAUGUGCUGUAAAUUUUGAUCUCCAUUAAAAGUAACCCUGACGUUCCUGCAAUAUUAUUUGUGCUGCUAAGAUAAUAAGCACUGCAAGCAAGCUUGAAUGCACUCAAAAAUUUUCAUCAAUGUUUUACAGUAUGUAAACAGUGUAGAUUACAUCAUAGAAGUAAAAUAGAUGUAGACUAGAUCACAAAGAUUUGAAAGUGCACCAAUUUGCUGGUAGGCGACAGCUUCAUUUUUUACAUGCCCAGAUAAGUGGUGACAAAGUUCUGCUGUGCCAUAUCUAGACGGGGCUACUAUAAAAUUCAGAGAGAUGCCCCACCCCUUUUUUUUUGUUGCUUGAUUUGCUAUAUUUCUUUAAACACCGAAAGUUAGCCCACUCCAUGUCUUCACCCGACUUGUUCUUGAUGGUAGGUGGGCUAUCUCUCGGGAUUUUACGGUAAACGUUUCCACAAUAGGUGCAAAGCCCGAUUUUCACUACGAAAUACAAACAAUGAGUGGUGAGCUUUAGGUCACAAAAUUAAGGUUACUUUCUUCACUCUAAGGCAGGGGUCUCCAACCCCAGCCCACAGAAGUCUUCUGACUGGCCCGCAGUCCAUCCAAUGAAGCCCGGUUCGCGGCCUGCUUCCAGCAGACCUGCUGCUACCGGGACAAAAUAAAGCGCUCGUAAAGAAACUGCGCCGGUCUCCAAAUGUGCAAACGAAGAUGCCACAAAAAAACAGGAGAAACAGCAUCAUUACUCUUUUGGACUGCGCGAAUAUGCCAAAGUUCCCAAGCGCUUUGAUUUAUGCCUAGUAAGUUUUCUUGAUCACAAUUGUUGUGUAAUGUUAAAUAUUAAAUUUCAAAUAGAGUAUAUGUCUUCAUCCACCUUAGGUUUCUUUAAUACUUUAAUUGUUUCUGUGUUUAAAUGCUCAUCUAGGUUUAUUUAUAUAGUUCUUCCUUUUAUAAAUACACUUUUUUCCUCUGGCACUUGACACUGUGACAGAUCCCAAAACUGGCCCCUUAGCCAGAAAGUUUGGAGACCCCUGCUCUAAAGCAAUCACACGAGAGUUAAAUCAAAGGUUUAUAACGGAACAGCGGUACACGAGUAUGCAAUGUUUAAAUUAAAGUGUGGUGUAAAAUUUUUUUUUUUUUUUUGCGUAU